AUGCGCCUGGGAUCUGGCCGCUCCCUGGCCCCCGCCGCCCGUGCCUUCUCCUCGACCGCACUGCAGGCCUCCAAGGCGUCGACCGCGCCCAUCUCGGAGCAUGUUCCUAACAUGCGCCAGGCCCAGCGUCCCCCCUCGGGCCCUCUCCGCGCCCCCGUCGUCAACCCCGCCGACAAGUACCAGGACAAGGCAGACAGUCUGCACAAGUACGGCCAGUACAUCAUGUCCUGUCUCCCCAAGCACGUCCAGCAGUUCUCCGUCUGGAAGGACGAGCUCUGCAUCUACGUCCCUCCCUCUGGCCUCAUCCCCACCAUGACCUUCCUGAAAUAUCACACCGCGGCCGAAUACACCCAGAUCUCCGACAUCACCGGCGUCGACUUCCCGACCCGCGACCAGCGCUUUGAGGUCGUCUACAACAUGCUGAGCGUGCGCUACAACUCGCGUAUCCGUGUCAAGACCUACGCCGACGAGGCCAGCCCUGUUCCCUCCGUGACGGGUCUGUUCGAGGGUGCGUUGUGGUACGAGCGUGAGGUCUACGAUAUGUACGGUGUGUUCUUCACCGGACACCCGGAUCUGCGCCGUAUCAUGACCGAUUACGGAUUCGACGGCCACCCGUUGCGCAAGGACUUCCCCUUGACUGGAUACACGGAGCUGCGUUAUUGUGAGGAGAAGAAGCGGAUCAUCAUUGAGCCUCUUGAGCUUACGCAGGCGUUCCGGAACUUCGAGGGCGGUACCGCUGCCUGGGAGCCUGUUGGUCCGGGUAACGAUAAGACUCCUGAGUCGUUCAAACUACCCACCCCCAAGCCGGAGCCAAAGGAAGAGGAAAAGAAAUAG